CAAGAGAUCAGCAGUGCUCUCCAGACAACACAGUUUGCACCUCAUCACCUUCGCAACAAUGAAGUUCCUCGCCGGUCUCUCCCUCAUUGCCUCCGUGGCUUCGGCCAUGAGCGUUGACUUGACUCAGCGCGGCGGUCCCCUCGACGUCAAGAUCGAGGUCGUCGGCAACACCAACGUCAAGGCUAGCAUCACCAACACCGGCAAGGAUCCUCUGAAGGUCCUCAAGACUGGUUCCAUCCUCGACACUGCUGCUGUUGAGAAGACCCAGAUCUUUUCUUCCUCCGGCCCCGUCGCUUUCGACGGUCUCCGUUUCCGCGUCGCCACUUCCGACCUCCCCGAGGAUGCCUUCCAGCUGAUCGCCCCCGGCGAGACCGUCUCCACCUCCUGGGAUCCCGCGGAGGUUCACGAUCUCUCCCAGGGCGGCUCCUACGACGUCAAGGUCUCCGGCGCCCUGCAGUACGCCGACCCCGACUCUACCGAGCUCAAGGGCACCAUCCCGUUCUCGUCCAACAUCGUGACGGCCUCGGUCGACGGCGCCGCCGCCAGCCAGGCCCGCCGCUCCUUCCACGAGAAGCGCUCCGCCGUCCAGUCCGACUGCACCGGCACCAAGGGCACCGCCACCCGCACCGCCAUGACCAACUGCCGCGCGCUCGCCCUCGCCGCCAGCCAGGUUGCCGCGUCUGGUUCUGCCUCCAAGAUGACCGAGUACUUCAAGUCGUCCAGCUCUUCCACGCGCUCCACCGUCGCCGGCGUGUUUGCCAGGGUCGCUAGCGAGUGCGGCUCCACCACUUCCGGCUACGCCAAGUACUACUGCUCCGAUGUCUACGGCGCUUGCUCGUCCGGUGUCCUUGCCUACACCCUGCCCAGCUCCAGCUUCAUGGUUAACUGUCCGCUGUACUUCUCGGCCCUGUCGGCGCUGAGCAGGACCUGCCAUGCCCAGGAUCAGGCGACGACUACCCUCCAUGAGACCACCCACUUGAGCCAGAUUAAGGGCACUACGGACCAGAAUGGCUGCUAUGGGUAUAGCUGUGUGAAGAGUCUGAGUGCGAGCCAGAACUUGAAUCAUGCUGAUACUUAUGCUUUGUUUGCUAACUCUAUCUACGUUGGCUGCUAAGCGCACGUCACAUGCACUCACCUGCCUAUGGGGUUGGUGAGAGUUUGGAGGUGACUUAACGGACGGGAGUCUGGAGACUGUUGGACUUGCAGUUGCCGGGUAGCUGUCACGGAAACUUGACAGUGGUGUUGGACUGUUGUGUCAGGGUGUUGGUCUCUUCUCACUGUGCACCGUCUCUUUGGACAGCAGCAAGUUCUAUCUUUCUUGGAUAGCGCUCUGCGGGUUCACCUG